AUGUCUCAUUUCAAACUCCUAUGGCGUGUUACACAAGGAGAGCUUAUGUAUUAUACUAGUUCAACGUGUCUGUGUUGUCGCUUUCCAAGCAAACGAUUCGACUUUCGAUCUGGCCACUUUACAUUUUACUUUGAGGUCAUGAAAUUUCACUUUUGGUGUACCGAAAUUACACACGCUCGAUCCAUCACAAAUGUAAAAAACAAAUUCCUCUUUUACAAAAACACACCUAUCUUAAACAUACCGCUCCGAGAGCACCCCUUUACAAUUACUGCUCCGAACGCACCCCUCUUUAAACUGUUUCUGCCCGUCUCCCAGAAUGCUGCCUUUGUCUCAUUCAUUCACCUCCCGCGGUCACGUGCCAUUGACAACCACAACAUGUCAUCGCCUCGAUACGUAUGUUUUGCCAUCCCAUACAAUAAGUCCUUCAGGUCCGAGAUCUACCAGUUGAGUACUCUAGAUUAUCGCCUCAUUUUGUCCAAAAUACCCCUCAAACAUCAGACUUUCUGA